AUGCACUCUCACCCCUCCUUCCUUGAAUUCCUGAUAGCCACCCGAUGCACGCUGAAUAAACUGCGUUAUCGCGAAGAGCAUAAAGAAUUGCAACGACGAGCAACCCAAGCUGCGAAAGGUCAGAUUAAUGCUGUUCUUCUUGGCGGGUCAUGCAAGAAGCUCUACCACUCCUCUUAUGACUCCUUCGGCCCCCCGCUUGCCCUGGCAUCUGAACAUGACCCUACUAACUUUAUCACUGGCCCUGAUGAGAUUAAAUCUCAUACACGUGCUUAUUUCACCACCCUGUUUGCACAGCAAGACCGCCCUCCUAUGCCAAAACCCUGGUUGACCACUCCUUCCAUUGUUCAAAUCCGCACACAAACCAGCCAUGACCCCUUCCACUGGCCGCAGCCCAUGUCCCUGGAUGAUUUACGAUUACUACUUCGACAUGGCAAACCCCGGCCCGCACCUGGUCCAGAUGGUUGGGAGAAAUGGUGGGUUAAAGCCUUACAUGAUUUCUCUCUUCAGCUUGUUCUCGACCUUCUCAAUUUCGAAAUCUCCCACUCACAUUUUCCGGAUACAGUCAAGCCCUGCACACUCUCCACCAUUUACAAGCGUGGUCCUCGCACAAUGCUCUCCAAUUAUCGCGAAGUUUGCUGCAGUAACCUUCUCCUCAACAUGCCCUUCACCUGGCUCAACCUCCUCCUCGGACCUUAUCUGGCUAAACACCACAUUCUCCCUCCCGGUCAGGUCGCCACUCAGCCGGGCAUCCAAGGUCGUGAUCUUACUUCAUUUUUAGCUCAACUCGAGGCUUGGUUGAAUCGCAUGCAUACACCGCUGUACAUUCUUUGCCGGGAUCAACAGAAAGGCUUCGAUCAUCUUGAGCCACAGGGUUUCUAUGAUGCUGUGACUGCUUAUGGACUCCCCAUCACCCUCAUUCAAUUCGACAUCUCCGCCCAAUCUGAUGUGCCUUACCAGGUCAAGACAGCACAUGGAUUUACAGAGCCCCUCAUAAUUUCUGACGUCACCAAGCAAGGGGGCCCAAUCUCCCCGAUGAAGUCCACUCUUAUGACAAGUCUCGGUAAUCACUGGCUUAAAGACAUUUUUGCACAACACGGAGAUGGUCUCCUCAUUGCCUCUCUUCAACAGCUUGCUCACCGGCCUUAUCUUCCGGAUGAUCGUUUAACGCUCCCAGUAAACAUGGUGGAGGCGAUGGAUGACUCUGCGAUUAUCACCACUACUCAGGGAUCCCUUGAACGUUCUUGCCUCUUCAUGGAGCGCUUUCAAGCAGCGUACGGUUGGUUUACUAAUUGGGUUAAGUCUCUUCUCAUUCUGCUUAAUAUUUUGAAUGCUCCCCCAUUGAUGCGUAUGCCCUCUAUCUCUCCGGAUGAUCCCGCUUCUAGCACUCUCAUCUGGCAUGACGUGCAGGUGACCACUUCCCAUAUUGAAUUCCUUCGUGUCUCUAUUAACAAUCCGCAGCAUCAGUUUGAGAAGCUCCGUGAUAUUAUCUUAUCCUUCGAUCUGCCUAACCUCUCCCUUCGCCUUCCGCUUACAGUGCUCCGCCGCAUUUUUGCCCAAUGCCUUAUUUCCCGCCUACGUCCUCAUCUCGCUUUCCAGCCUAUUUCCCGUUCACAUGCGAUGGAACUCGACCAUCUUCUUGCCCUUCGAGUUCACCAAUAUUUUUCGUUUCCCUUUCGCUUUAACGCAAUCCUUCUUUCUCUCCCAAUUCAGCAUUACGUAUACGGCUUUGACUUUCCCUCUAUAAAUCGACUCAAUGAUUGUGCCGUGGUAUCCGGGCUUUGGCGUGAUCUCAACCACCACAACCCAGCCUUCCAUGAUAUGGCCCAUAUCACGCUCGCCGAUUGGACCUGCUCCAUCAAUCACUGUGUCUUUCCUCUUCACCCCAUCUCCCAGGAAUCCUAUGCAUGCCAGACACACCACCUUCCUCCAUCUUGGAUUACUGCACAUACAGUAUUAUCUACCCUCCGUCUCUCCAUCCGUCAAACCGAUCUCUCUUACUUAUUUUCGGGGGAUGUUUCUCUGUGUCACCUUCUUCGGUCGUUACCACCUCUCCCUGAUCACCCCAUGCCUUCCCCGCAGAUGAUUACUAACCUUGAGCGUGCAGGUUUUACUCAUCUUCACCACCUUGUGACUUGGUUCCCAUCCAAUGACCCUCUCGCACCGCCUUCAUGGUCUCUUCACCCUACUGCAAGCGUAUCCAACAUGCUACGCUUCACCGCAGCAGCUUCUGACUGGCCCGCCGUUAGCGGCUGGCUCCAGUCUCUCUCACUACCAUACCUCGUUGCCGGCCAAGGAAGUUCUGGUGCUGUUUCCCGCAGCACCCGUGAUAGCAAUGGAAGUACUGGUGACCUUAGCGUCACUCGUGAUUGGACACUAGCAUUGCCUCGUGAUCUGCGUCGAACCCUCGCAGAGCAAGUUAUCCUCACUCUCCUUCACUCCUCUCAUCUUCCUCUAUUCCCUUCCACCUCGCCGACUUGCGCCUCCGAUGGCUCCAUGACACCCGCAGCUGCUCUUUUUCGUCAAUUCCGAUCGGUAACAUUCGCUGUCUCCACCCCAACUGCUUCUCUCGCCUGUUCCCUCUCCUCCUUUGGUCUCUCCGCAUCCAUUCUUCAUGCCGAAGUCUAUGGGAUAGUCGUUUCCUCCCUCUCUGCCUGUUCCGCUCCGUCUCCCUCUCCACCUUCUUCCCUCCUCCCUUUAUAUACAGAUCAUCUCAAUUCUGUACGCCUCAUCAACGACUCCAUAUCAACAUCCUCUCCCCCCCCUCUUAUCAGUGGUCCCGGCUCCCCGCGCGUUCUCUCUAUCGGUGGAUACAACUCAUCCUCACCUCUCCCACUCAUCACCCUGUUCAAGUCAACUACACACCUGCACACACCUCCUCCGACUCUCUUCCAUCACGUUUGA